UCGACGGAUGGCCGCCAUCCGGCAAUACAUCCAUCCAUAGAAGUUCUAAGACCGAAUAAAAGAAAGAUGAAAGCCACCGCGCGCGCGAAAAACGUAUGCUCAAAGGCGCCACUGCUGAUUAGUCCCGCGUUGGCCGUCGAUACCAUUAGUGGAACGCGCAGCUUCGUGCUGAUUGUGGUUAUACUAAUACCACAAAAAAGUUCCCAUUGCUUCACAUCGUAGGGAGGUUAACUGUGCACAUGUGAAGAAUUUUUGCUUAGCUGUGUUCUCAACGACCAAUGUGAUCGGCCAGACUACAAAAAUGUUUGGUGCAACAGAGCGGGGCCCGUAUACAGCAAAUGCCUGCAAGAUUCAGCCAAAAACGCCCGAAAACAGUGAGCCAGAGAUGGAGUUGGCAUCCGCAGAUAUGGACAGACGACGCGUUAUCCUGGACGAGUUAAAGUCAAUUGUGACCUCAAUCCUUACAGGAAGAAUUAGUCCCCUUACACUGACUAUGCUGUCCAUGCGAUACGCUGAUGUCAAGGGAUUCACAAUUCCCUUUCGCAGGCUAGGAUGCGUUUCUCUCGUGGAAGUCUUUCAAAAGCAUUUUGCUGACGAAAUCGCAUGCAGUUACAUGCAUUACUAUAAAGACUACGUUGUAUGGAUCAAAAAUGACGUCCUUUCGCGGGAUACUGUUAUUGAUCGGUUGAGACGCUACGCAUUGUGUGCUCAACAUCACCCCCAGCUUCAACGCAGUCCAGGGAUCAGAAAGACGCUAUUCAAAAAACCUUCUGCUAACCUACGAACCCUGUUCUCUGGCAAAACCGCUUGCGCUGUUACUUGUAACACUCGCGUCGCAAAACUGAUGUCGUCCACUCUAAGAAUAGCCGUCGAUGUUCAAGCGCGUCAGCCGCAGUCGGAGAAAUCGGGUCGAACUUCCGAUCCGACACGAUCAACAACAGGCACAUCAGACUGCGGCCAAUACUCAAUUUCACGAUCGGCGAAAAGGCGGCUCAGCACAGAUACUUCACUAAUCUUACCUGUACAGCGGAUGCGCAUAACAGAUGAUCCAGAGGGUUUAUCCAACGAGAAUCAAAUGCCAAGCAGGAUGAGCGUUGAAGAUUGUGCGAGAGUCUGAAUAGAAAAUAGUUAUGAGCGAAACACAAUACGAAGUGGUACGUCAUAAAAAAUUAAAAAAAGAUCCAUAUACGACACUAAUAACAAUAGUCAUAGAGUUAUUGCAUUGUUAAUAUAAUCAUAAAUAAAGUAAUAAUAUAAUUAGAGUUGAUCUAAUCAGCAGAAGCGAUGGCGCGUGAGGUUGUAGUGUUAAAUACAUUGAUAGCUACGUUAUGUUACACGGAAUAUAAAGGUAAAAAAAUGAAAACGUAUCGGGAGCAGGUGUAUUCAAAGUACAUACGACGACCGUGUUGCUUAAGAUUAAUUCUGACUCCUCUGAGUUACAUUUUUUUCAAUGGUUCUUUUGUUUUUGUUGUUUAAGACUAACCACCACUAUAUAUGUUGUUGCAGGACAAAUAAUAUUGCUUGCAUAGAUCUUCCAAAACCGUCAAACCUCGGUUAAUAUUUUGUAGAACUGUAGAACUUUUAAAACAUCGAUAAAAUCUAAAAAAUUACUAUACUUAAUCUUAUCGUUAGAUGAAAUUGCCUGAAUAGGACUUCUGACCUUCUCAUGACCGAAGAAUAACCGCAGUACGACCGAGAUCUAAAUCACUGAUAAGAUCAUUCAGAUAACAGUAAUAAUCUUAGCGAACAAUUACCUUAAUACACAGGUACUGAAAAUCGACAUUUUCCUACUGAAUACAUUCAGGUAAGUAGUAUCCUAGAAGGCAUAAGAAAAUAAUGCCACAUCCAUAAUCAAUGGUAUAAUUUUUACAUUUAUAAUACUUGCAAUUUUUUUGAACAACAGGAUAAGCAUGAGUUUUACAUAGAAUUCGUACAUAGAACUUGUGCCUAGUAGACCAGAAAUAAAAUAACUUUCUUUAUUCGCACAAGAUAUUGUGCGAUAUUUAUAUCGUUGACUGGAUUCAGGCAAGCGGUAGGCAGUGAUACACCUGAAUGAAGGACCCUUUUUCCUCUGUUCGAUUUCUGCGUACUAUAGUUGUGAUAUCCGCAUGUUAGCAGGCAUAACAUUGACUACAUAAGUCAGUAGACAUAGUGGGCAUGAUUGUUAAAUUGACACUUUUUAAAGCACAAGUUUUUAAAACCUUGUCCGACUAUUCCGCUCCUAAUAUUUUAUAGCUUCCGGCUAUAAAAUUUCAUGAACAAUACUACCAGAGAAGCCACGAGGCGUGCGUUCAAUUUCGUAGCCAUGGAACCCCAUAUGCUCCUCAAGCAUUGCUAGUAUAUUUCAAAAGGCAUAGUAUAUUUGCCCUGGUACGAAUCCAUAGAGCUAGUGUUCUACAGCGGCCCAAAGUAUUUUUGUGGUAUAAAAGGUUUCUUAACUCGUUUAUAUACGUGUUUUUUUACUAAAGCUUCAUUAUUAUAAUCUAUACUUCAAUAGACCAGUUGCUAUUACAAAAAUAAAAUUAUCAGCCGUAACAGGCAAAGGCGAAAGCAUUUGCCGAAGUUUGUUUACUCCGAAUAUUUGACAUAUUCAUACUUUUGGAAGCAUUUUUCUGCCAACAAACUUAAAGGAACUGUUCGUUAUCAUAUACAACUGGUGUUACCAUAAGGAUCGCCAAUAUUUCAACGUCACAAAAGACUGUUGAGCGAGCUCAAGCAUCUACAUACAUACAUAAUUAUUAUAAAAAUUAUAAGUUAUUAGUGUAAAUGUUUUUCGAGCUGUUUGAUAGAUGUUCAACAAGCUCAGAGAGAGAAAAGGCGACACUGACCGACACCAGAAAUGUUAUGAAGUCUCCAUCUUUUGAACAUCGUAUCUGAACAAAUGAUUCGUGCACUUCGCGAUUAUCUUUCCUAGAUUUACUGCCUAACGUUAUGUCGCGUUGUCUAGAUAACCUGCAUAAUUCAACCACGUUCAGGAAUAACAUGUAAUAGGAGAAAAUAAAUGGUGAUCGUAUCCUGAUUGUCGCAAUAUGACGUCAUCAACAAAGGUCGUGUCUUCUUUUCCUUACAUUUAUUCAUUAUCAUUCUUAAGAAUAUUUAAUACCCAUUUUGCACAACGAUGAUGCCUAGCUGUAUCAGAGGACUGCGUCCGCAAAACGCAUUUUACCAUAAAAGGGUUUUUGUGUAAGAAAACGCAGCUCAAUUGGCCAAUUCGUAUGCCCAAUUAAAUAUAGACGAGGUUUAGGUCGAUCAGGAUAUAAAGCGGAACGCCGUUGCUAAAUAAGAAAGACAAACUUUAC